CCAUCUUGUCUCUGGUGGGUUGUGGCCUCCAGCUGGUGGCUGCUGGGCUCCUCACUCACAGGUACGGGGGUCAGAGUUCCCGCAUCGACAGAUGGAUCUUGCUGUGGCUGUUCUAUGAUGUCAUCGUCCACCUGACGCUGGAGGGUCCAUUUGUCUACAUGUCUCUGGUUGGGACGGUGGAGACGUCUGAAGGUCCUCUGGCUGAACUCUGGAAGGAGUACGGUAAAGCAGACAGUCGCUGGUUAGUUUCUGACCCCACCAUCGUCUCCUUGGAGAUCCUGACGGUCGUCCUGGGGUCCCUGCUGGCUCUACUUCUGAUACAUGCAGUACUCAACGACAAGUACUACAGACACUUCCUGCAGAUCACUCUGUGCGUGUGCGAGCUGUACGGCGGCUGGAUGACAUUCUGUCCUGAUUGGCUGUUGGGAAGUCCUCACCUAAACACCUCCAACCCGCUCUAUCUCUGGAUCUACCUGGUGUUUUUUAAUGGACUCUGGGUGCUGGUUCCGAUCCUGCUGCUGGUCCAAUCCUGGUUUGUUCUAAAGGGUCUGCAUGGAGUCAGAGGAGACAGCACCUCCUCCCACAGGAAGAAACUGUAGAGACCAGCAGGUGAUCCGCAUCAGAGCCUUCAGGCUCCCAAUGUUUGAGCUGAUCAGAGAUUUCUGGCUCUGAUCGGGUCGGACUGAUGUAGUUCGGUAUCAGGAUGGACUAAUCAGACGCUUGGAUCAUCACUAAAACCUUUAUUAAACAUCAUCUCUAUAAAUAAAACCAAUGGCUCAAGGGAUCCUGUCCUGCAGAACCAGAACUCUUCCUCCU